AUGGUCCACAACUGCAUUGACUGGAACGUCAUACCCGUACGUUUCUUGACGAUAUCGCACGGAAAUAAAAAGGUCGCGACGCGAAAGGGUCCAGCAUCCAAAGUUCGCGAGUUCAAAUCCCUCCAAUCUUUUGCGCACCGUAAAUUUGAUAUCCGAGACCACCCACCCUCAUCCCUGCGCUUCCGAACGACCUGCAACCUUAGCACUACACAUUUCCAGGACGACUCGACGUUUGAGGUCGAUAACGAGGCAUGGGAAGAAGAGGGCUUGGUGGACCUUGUUUGUUGUCUGGAGGUGUACUUGGAGGAGGUUAUGCCUGGUCCACCGUCCGGUGAAGAGGCCACGCAACCUGUGGAAGAGGAACAUGAGGAUACUCAUGUGCACGAACAAGUUCGAGAUUCUGACGAACUGGAAGGUGGAGAGGGAGAACACAGUGAUAUAGCAGACACCAAUGACAAUGUCGAGGAGGACGAAGCACAGGACGAGGACGAGGCGGAGAAAGAGGAACAGGAGCAGGAGAACAAAGGGGAGGAUCAAGAAGAAGACGAAAAGACAGAUGAGUUUGAGGAAAGUACAGUGCGGACUAGGCCAUCUCGUCGCCGACGAUGGUUCGUUGCGUCUGACGACGAAGAUAGUUCAAAGGCGCUUGAUCGUAGCUCGAGGCUGACCGCAGAUUUGCAGCAGACAGAGACUCUGGCUGCUGUUAUUGGUGACCCUCAUCCCUCGAUCCCGAGUACUAAGGACCAAUUGAUUACUCCUCGUGCGCAAGACACGCCGCAUGUCUCUGACACAGAACAGCCAAUGAGGAAGGAAAAGGAAAUUCCUCCUGCGCAUCGCGCACGGGUGUCGUCAGUCGCUGGAAGCUCACAAGAAGGCCCAGCCCUCUUCAGAGCACAUAAACCACUAGACCAACAUGUUAAGCAAGAGCCAAUUUCGGCAGGGCGAUUGGAGUCUCAGCCUCAAGCGAUCCAGGCGACACAGGAAUCUGAACCAGCGCCUGAGCUCACACACACCAAACUCGUCGUCAGUAUCCAGCACAAACCCUCCGCACAGCAUGCACAAUUCAGCGCGAAGCCCCAGACACGAAUAGGUAAAGUUCUCGCCGGGGCAUGCAAGAGCUUCCGCUUGGAUGUCAAUGUAGCGCAACUCUAUUUAGUGGUGGUAACGCAAAAUGAUAAGGGCUUGAAGGAGGAAGAUCAUUUCUUGUGUGAUCGAAAUGAGACAGUAGAAACCGCUAUCGUGGGCGUGGAAGGGAGGGCAAAUUUCAUGAUUCGCAUGCCUGAAGAUCCCGCAAUGUAG